UUUUAAUCCAUCCGUGUGUGCGCCUUUGUGUGCGCUCUGGCGAAAGCACACCAACAAAGACACAUUUUAGGUUUUUCAUUUAUUUUUUUAACAUUUCUUUAAAAUAAAGUAAAAAUUGUUUUUAAAAAAAUCCCAAUAAAAUUCCUGUUUUUUUAUGUGAAUUGUAAUACAAGAGGAGAAUAAUAGAAGGAGAGCAGAGGCGCAGCGCUCACACACUCAAUCAUGACAGCAAAUAUUCCACUAUUGGGUUAAUGGUUAUUCUCAUCCACUGCAGACUGCAGCAGGUUUGACGCCACAGAAAAUGGCUGUACAUAAACUGCAGCUCUGAUUUCUAGACUUUAUGGCUCCAGACUUAAAGUAAGAUAGACGUAACCCGUGUCGUAUUUUAGAGCAAACCCCACCUUCAGAGACGUUUUAGGCUGACCUAAAUCUGUAGGCCUGCGUUAUAAAGUACAACCCUGUUGACUUGUAUGUUUAGGAGGCAUGCGUUGAUGUAUUUUAUUUUUUAAUCUGGCAGACUGGGACUGAUGACAAUGCAGCUAAUAAUCCUCUUUUUAUUUACUUACAUGGCGGAUUUGUGUUAGAAAAUGACUCACGAUGGGUUAUGUAGCUUAUUUAUUUUAAAUUUAAGGCAAAAAAUACACCAUAAGGUCUAAAACAAGUAUAUAUUUUUUAAUUUUCUGUUUUUUUUCUGGCAACUACAAUAAGCAGGCCUCCAAAAAAAAUCAAGACUAGUACGGAAAAACGGCGUAGAUUUUUAAUAUAUUUUUGUAAAAACACCUCAAUUAAAACUACUUAAAAGGCACACACAGCAUUUUCUUAGUGGGUAGAAUUUAUAGAAAGUGUUGAUUUGAGUUUUAAUUUCAAUAGAUAUUUAAAAAUAAAGGGAUACAGGUCUUGGAAGUGCGUCUUCUGUGCGUAAAAUGCCAAAGUGGUUCCUUAAGGAUAUGAUACCAAGGCUUCCCAGAUCUAAAAUAAUCUAUUCAUUAAUGAACUAACCCUCAUGCAGUCUCUCCAGUAUUAGGCGACCAUGAAGCAGCUCCACUGCAUUGUUCAGUUGUGUCUUCACUCUGCCUGUGCGUCACCCUUUUUUUGGGUAAACGCUCAACAGAGCCUUUUGCAAUAAAAGUUGCCUGGACGUGUUCAUCCACGAUACUCACACCACAAUUACACCAACUCUAAAGACAAGCGAUUUGCACUGGCAUGAACAGCAACACUGCACUGCUACUGCACAGUCCAGGAGGAAUUUUAAAAGUAUAGUCCACUAAUGUUCGUGAGAGCAGCAGCAGAAAAGGUUAAGAGAGCUCGAGCAAAGAGUCACACAGGACAUUUUGGAUCUCUGAUGCACCCUGAGCUUCUCACAGGCACCUCUAGAACCCUUCAUUUUUACAGUGCUGUAAAAGUGGCAAUAAAGCUGUGCAUGCUACAUAAUUGUUAGGGACAGCUUUCAGCGACUGAGCUGUCAAAUAGGGGUUGCUGUGGUUGAAUUUGCAUAGGCAGCUCUGGGCUUAUAGGUGGUGAUAGAGGAAGAUUUUGAGGAGAUUUUGCUUAAACCCCUUUGAUGCGCCACAUUCCCCCACAGUUUUCUCUUUGCUUAGCCUAAAACAAAAUAUAUGACACAGUGGAGUUGCCUGGUCGGACUGGGAGGAGUCUGUAGUCGCCUGGUGUUUUAAUUGGCUGCAGGCUACAGUGAGAAGCGUGAGUAUCAGUAAUUAUUCAGCAAUGUUUUGCACAAGAAAUGUCAGCCAGAAAGGGCUAUCUUCAUCCUCCGUCAAAUUCUACCACGACGAUGUCAUGCCCCAACAACCAAGCUGGAAAUUCCUUUUUCGUGGACUCCCUAAUCAACGUGAGAACCGACAGUGGUUCAUAUUACCAGAGUAACAGCGUGUAUUUGCCACCGGCGUCGGAAUAUUCAUAUGGACUCUCCGGUGGCUCUUGUUUCCCGGGGAUCGGUAAGCGCAACGAGCCAACGACCCAGAGCGUGAUCCCGUCUUCUGCUCCGUAUGUUCAAGGGAUGGAAACGUGGCUGGAAACGUCGAGAUCCUGCCGGGUGGAUCAGCCCAGCGGCCAGCAUAUGGCUCAGUGUUCAUUCUCACCGAGUAUAAAAGAGGAGAGCGCAUAUUGCCUUUAUGAGUCAGACAAAUGUCCUAAAGGAGCGACUGUAGAUGACAUUUCCUACUCGGCUGCAUCAUGCCCCGUUACCGGCAGCACCGUGCCGGUCCCCGGCUACUUUCGCCUGUCUCAGACAUACGCGUCCUCCAGGCUUUAUCACGAUGUGCAGCCAAACAUGAAUCACUUUACUCUGCAGCGACCUGUCCGCUUGGAUAGCCAGCCCUCCCAGCCGCCGCCUGCCUCUGCGGAGCCGGAGCACAGAGAGAGCCACGAGGAGGCGCCUGUCCCUGAGCCCUGCGCCCCGGCCAGAGACGAGGACAGCCGCCUGUCCUCGGAGAGCUCAUCCUCCCCUGAACCCGCUGAGACGUGCAGUGCGGAGUGUCCAGAAAAGCCCGGAAAAGGAGAUGGAAAAAUGGAAAGUACGGCUAAUUGGCUCACAGCUAAGAGUGGUCGAAAGAAGCGUUGCCCCUACACCAAGCACCAGACUCUGGAGCUGGAGAAGGAGUUUCUCUUCAACAUGUACUUGACUAGAGAGCGUCGUCUGGAGAUCAGCCGCAGUGUGCACCUCACUGACAGGCAAGUCAAAAUCUGGUUCCAAAACAGGAGGAUGAAACUGAAAAAAAUGAGCCGGGAGAAUAGAAUCCGAGAGCUCUCCAGCAACUUCAGUUUCUCAUGAGACUGUCUGCGUCUCUGGCGCCCUCCUCCAUCCAUGGCAAGGACGCCUGUGCAGAGCCCCCACCCAACUGUGAGAAUGUCCAUGGAAAACAGGACCCUACUGCUAACUUAUUGAUUGUUGUUCUUUCGAAAAAAAAAUAUCUUGUUUUCACGUCUGGUUUAUUUUGUCGUGGAUAUGUAUUUAUAAAUGGUUACAUUUGUAACGUUGAUCCAUUUAAAAAUGUUCAGAAUGUGACCGCCAUGUUUCAGAGCUUCAGGCUUGUACAUAUUGUAUAUUCAACCUGAGUGAACCAUUGGAAUUUGCAUGCUGGACUAACCCUUGGGAUACUUGUGUUACAGUUCCAUGUAGGCCUUUAUGUGACAGCUAAAGAACCCCAAGAGGUCUGAUGAAUAUUUGCACAUUUUGCUGGUCAAAUUAAUAAAACCGUUCCUGCAACUGCA